CAGAGCGGAACCGACCAGAGGAACCCGGAUGUUUCCAUGUCAACACUUCCUGGUGUGUUUUCCUGCUUUUCAAACCAGGAAGAUGGAUUUACUCUCGACCAAAUGGAUUAUUAAUUUGAUUAUCAGUUUGUUUCUCGUCGGUGUCAGCUGUAAUUCAGUGGAAAACAAGAUUUAUGUGAAUCUCAAUUACAGUGUGCCUUGUGUGCGGCUGCUCAACGCAACACAUCAAAUCGGCUGCCAAUCCGCUAUGUCAGGUGACGUUGGUGUGCUCCAUGUGCUCGAGUCCGAGGACGACCUGGACUGGGUCCUGCGUUCCGGUCCCAACCCUCCUUACAUGGUCGUCCUGGAGUCCCCGCUCUUUACGAAGUCCGUCAUGAUGAAACUGAAGAACGGAUCGCGCCGGGUGGCGGGUGUCAUCGCCGUGGCAGCCAGCACGAAUCCAGCUCAAGGCUUCUCUCCACACACCACCUGUCCCAACGAGAACACAGGUGUUUAUUCAGAGAGUUACGAUCCGGCCCUGGCCCACUGUAAUGUGACGGUGUGGAACCCCCUGGGGAACGGCCUCUCCUACGAGGAGUACGACUUCCCCAUCUUCUCCGUGAAGGACGACAACGACACCGAAGUCAUACGGCAGUGUUACUUUGAGCACAACCGGGCGGCGAACGGCUCCAAGCCCCAGUACCCGCUGUGCGCCAUGCAGCUCUUCUCGCACAUGUCGGCCGUCACGGACACGGCCACAUGCAUGAGGAGGAGUCACAUCAGCUUCAGCCUCAGCCAGGAAGAAGUGUGUGACCCACUUGGCGAUGUGAAUAUUUGGGCCACCACGCGGCCUCUGAACGUCACAGCCAAGGGCCACAAGACGGGGGAGAGCGUGGUCGUCGCUGCAGCCAGGGUGGACAGCAGGUCUUUUUUCUUCGGCCUCGCUCCGGGAGCAGAAAGCUCGGUCGCGGGGUUCGUCUCCCUGCUGGCGGCCGCCCACGCUUUGCGUAACGCCGUCCAGGAGGCCAAGCCCAACCGCAACAUCCUCUACACCUUCUUCCAAGGGGAAACGUUCGACUACAUCGGCAGCUCGAGGAUGGUGUACGACAUGCAGAAUAAUGACUUUGUCGUGGACCUGGACAAUGUUCACUCGGUGCUGGAGGUUGGACAGGUUGGACCCAAAUCUGACUCCAAGCUCUGGCUUCACACUGAUCCCGUGUCGAGGAGGAACGACAGCGUUAAUGAGGAGGUGAAGAAGCUCAUCAGCAACUUGCAAUCGGCCGCCUCAGGUGGAAACAUCUCGGUGGAGGAGCCCGGCUUCUCUCAGCCGCUGCCUCCUUCGUCCUUCCAGCGUUUCCUGCUCGCUCGGCAAAUCCCCGGCGUCGUCAUCGAGAAUCACCAGAGGAAUUUCACCAAUAGGUACUAUGAAAGUAUGUACGAUAACCAGGAAUAUCUGAACUUAUCUUACCCACCAAACCUGACGCCUGAGGAGCAGCUGGACUUUGUCACAGACACGGCCAAGUCUCUGGCUGAAGUGUCGACCCUGGUGGCUCGAGCUCUGUACACGCAGGCGGGAGGAGAUGAAGCCCAGCUGGAAAAAAUCAACGCCGAUCCUCAGAUAGUGAGCCGGAUGCUGUACAGUUUCCUCGUUCGGUCGAAUAACACGUGGUUCCAGCAGCUCGUUCCCUCCGACCACAUGAGUCGUCUGAGCAACGAACCCACGAACUUCUACGUCGGCGUCAGUCAGCAGCUGAGCGAACCCACGCGUCUGGUCCAGUACCUGCUGGCCAACCUGACCGGCAGCGCAGUCAACGUCACCCAGGAGAACUGCCAGAACCAGAGGGAGAACGAGGAGGACAAGGACAGCAAACAUUUCUACAGCUUCAUGUGGAUCCAAGGCGCAGCGCCUCCCAACAGCACCACCCGGGAGGGUUUCUGCACCCGCUCCACCGUCCAGCUCUCCAAAGCCCUGUCCCCGGCCUUCGACCUGAACGAGUACACGUCCAAAACCUACUCGACGUGGGCCGAGUCCAGGUGGAAGACCAUCUCAGGACGCAUAUUUCUGGUGGCCAGUCACGACCUGGAGAUGUUGACUCUCGGCGUGGGCAUCGGCGUGCUGCUAACGUCCCUCCUCCUCACCUACAUCAUCAGCUCGAAGGCCGACAUACUCUUCAGCUCGGGGAGGGAACCCACCACCAACACAUACUGAUCCACACGGAGGCGUCUCAGGCCCACGACCACUACUACUACUACUACUACUACAACUACAACUACUACUUCUUCUACUACUUCUACUUCCCACCCGACACGGACAGAUUUCUUUAAAACACAGCACGAGUAGGUACAGGCAGGUUAGACUCAGUUAAGGGCGGUGGGAGGGGGGACGGGGGGUCUUUUAGACGACGACUCCAUGUUUAUGGACUCACUCAGGUGAGGCGCGACGUGAGGACUGGACUGGACUGGAUUGGCCUGGAUGGACUCAUCAGGGUCAGAAACACACUGGUCAGGCACCAGCAGCGCCGCCAGUGGAGAAGAUGUUUAUAAUUCUUUUUGUUUUUAGUUUCGUUUGUUUUUCUUUUUAUUAUCAAAGAAUGUUUCGUUUACCGUGUCGUGGAGCAGGCACUAAACGGCGAGCAUUAUUUUGAGCACGUGGCUGAUUCCGAUGAAAAAACGUAAAUGUGACCGUGUGCGAGGAAGCGGGACGGAUGUGUGGUCGAGUGUGUUUGCGAGCAGUUGUGAGGUUGUGUGCUUGUGUGUGUGUGUGUGUGUGUGUGUGUGAACUUUGUGUGAAGAUCGCGAUGGUAUGUGCAAUACUGUGGCCGUCUUCUCUGUCGAUGUAGUUAACUUAUCAAUCAGUUGUAAUGAUAAGAAACCACUUUCUGAGUCAAUGAACAAUUAGUAGAAAUUAAAUUUAUGGUUUUGCAAUUUCUGGACGUGUGCAGUGAAGUAUUUUGAUAAGUUCUAGCUCUUGGGAAGUUAUCAAAAAAAAAAAAUAUGUAUAUGUAAUAUCCACUCACAUUAACUAGAUGUGAAUGUAUCACAUAUUGUGAUAUUUGAGAAUUUCUCAAGCGUCCGGCGCAGCUGACACUUUUGUUUCUCCUCAAUCGGAAGAAAAUCGGUCAGAAAAUAUUUAGAGAGAAAAUUGUUUGUGUUUUUUUGGUUUGGUACCUUUUUAUCACAAGGUUUCUCAAAAUGAUGACGACAACAACAACAACAACAUAAAGGCUUUAAUUCUGUUUAUCGGUGUUCAUUUUAAUGUCUGGAAUCAAAGGGGACGCCUUGAUGAAGAAAUAAACGUUGCUUCUUUUCCAACUUUU